AUGGAGGAAAAGGUAACAGUAACAGAGAUUAGAAAAGUGGAGUUGGAUGUUAAUGGACGAAAGAAGCAACAUGGGUGUUCUGCCAAUUCUAGGGUGAUGAAGAUAGCACUAGGGGCUCUGAUGAGAGGUUUUGUAUUCAUUUUGCCCCCAAUCCUGCCUCUCUUUUGGUUCCCCUGCUGCCAUUCCCAUGUGCUUUCUCAUGCCUUCUGCCUCCACCAAGACGUCAUGAAACUUGCAUGUGCUGACAUUACCUUUAACCCUGUGUACCCAGUUGUUUUGGUUUCCCUGACUUACUUCCUUGAUGCAUUGAUCAUCGUCUUUUCUUAUGUGCUCAUUCUGAAGACAGUAAUGGGCAUUGCCUCUGGAGAGGAGAGAGCAAAGGCUUUCAACACCUUUGUCUCCCACAUUAGCUGUGUCCUGGUCUUUUACAUCACUGUGAUUGGCCUGACCUUCAUCCACAGGUUUGGCAAGCAUGCCCCACAUGUGGUGCACAUUACCAUGAGCUAUGUCUAUUUUCUCUUUCCUCCAUUAAUGAACCCCAUCAUUUAUAGCAUCAAAACCAAGCAGAUUCAGAGUAGCAUCCUCCGUCUACUAUCUAGGCACAGUAGGACUUGA